UAGUCAUCAAGCAUGUUGCCUUCUUUAUGUUUUUUUCUUUUGUUAUCUUCUUGUGCAAAAUUACUUGUAACAAUAGCAUUCACAUUUACCUUUCCGGUUGUAUCUGUGGUUUCAGAUUUAAACAAAAAUAUUGGCAGAUCGACAGAUUUGGCCAAAAAAGGCAUGGAUCGGCAGGUUUGCAUAUCCCUAUUCACCCCGCUCCUACAGGGGACAGCCUUCAGCAGUCUGUAUCUUGAACCCCCUUCUCUUAAAAACCCUGUAUCUGCCCCAGAGGUUCAAAGGUGCUCAGACAGAAUUUCUAAAAAAAAUCGGUUAAAAAUCAAGACUGCGAGAGAAAUGGCUUUUGCCACUGAGACAAUGGGACUGCAAGCCCUGUGAAAUUUGACAAAAAUUUUGUGAGACCCAUGGUUUUUGAAGGACCAUCCACCACCCCUAAAGGAUAAUAUUAUUAUCUCCCAGCCUGUAAAGACAUCCAAUGUGGAGCACCUCCAUUUUGGUGCCUAUCAUUACAUGCUCAUGGUUUUACAAUUAAGAUAUUCAAGUCUUAAUACUGAGUAUUCUGCAGGAUCCACCUAAUCUUCCAAUGUCAUCAACAUCGGCUCAGCUAGUCCAAUAUGUGGUGGUUAGAGGUGAUCUUCUAAGAUUGUUGUCGUGGCCAACAGGAGCUGUCAUAGCACAAGCUUGCCACGCAAGUACAGCUAUUCUUUGGAUGCAUCGUAAUGAUUCUAACACACUACAGUACACUACUGACCUAGACAAUAUGCACAAGGUUAUUCUAGAGGCUCCAGGUCAAGAUGAACUGGAAAAGUUAUCACAGAAUUUAUCAGCCAAUCAAAUUGAUCACAAGCUCUGGAUCGAACAACCAGAGAACUAUCCUACUUGUCUUGCGACUAAACCAUAUCCCAAGCAACAAAUUCAGUCUUUCUUUAAAAAGCUAAAAUUAUUUAAAUAACUCUUUUUAUGAGUAAGAUAUUCUUCCAAACGUUAGGCACCAUACAAUCAGCAUGAGGUCUUCCACAUCUUGGAGGGGGGGGACUCCCAUGUGAAAAGGUUUGGGAUGCUCGUAGAAAAGUUUGAAUUAAACCCCUUAAGAAGACCAAUCUGAGAAUGGCUCGAGCUUUAUUUGACCCCUUAAAGAUACCACUUUAAAAUGAACAUAACAGUGUUUUUGUAUAGUUGUUUGGAGUGCAACCCUAAAGGACACCUUGACAACUAAAAAUACAGUCAGUAAUUGGUCCUGAGCACCCUAAGUGAGACUAAAUCUGAGGAUUUAUACCCCUAAGCAAGAUGACAAGCAUCUCUGACCUUUUCACAAAGGAGUCAAUCUCCCGAGAACAUGUCACUCUUGCUUGAAAAAUUAACAGACACAUCUCUGUGCCAUUACAAGACUUCAUAUCUUUUGACUAUAAAACUAGUGACCUGUGUAGGUCAAGAGAACACAAAAUAUGAGCUUAUAAUUAAGUGGUAAAAACCAAAACCAAAGUAAUCACCUGAUUACUUUUGACACUUAAUUUAAAACUGAUCUAUAUCUCAAGAAUUAUGGAUUUCAAAACUUAAGCAUUAAAAAAAAACAGAACAUGAAAUGCCAGAGUGAAAAAUGGUUUGGACAUCACUGAAGAUCAAGCUACUUAAAUAUCCCGGACAAAUUGGAUCAUGUGUACUUAUGGCAUCCGUGAUCGACUUUCGAUCGAUACCCUCAAUCAAUAUCCUUAUCUAUACUCAGUUGACUCAAUCAACACUUUAUCAACAAUUGGUCAAUAGUUGGCUGAGUGUCGACCAACUCAUAUGCAUCAAUCUAAAAUUAGUCAACUGUCGACUGAGAUGUCGACAGAGUGUCAAUUGAGUGUCAAUUGAGUGUCAACCAAGGUGUCGAUGGAGUGACUUAUCACAACAAAAAUAGGGGCACUUAAAGAAUUUUAAACUAAGUACAAGUCGCUUGCUUUGAGGUAUGAUUCAGGUCAAUCAAUUCUUAAACCUAUUUAUUUCGUGUACUUUAAUUUUGAAACCUGUUAUAUGUUCAUAUUUCUACAAUCAACUCAGUUGAA